UACUAAAAUCACAAAAACAUAAGCUAACGAGAUUACCAUUCAGUUUAUUUUAAAAAGCAAAUAUUUCGUAUACUGUGUUGCUAUAUUGUGUGUAAUCCCAUGUCAUUUUCCCAUUUUAACUUCUCAUGGAACGUUUGACAAUUGAGUGCUUCUAUAACUCCAUGUUGUUUGUUUGCGUCUUGAGAACUUCACCGAUAGAAAAACCUGCGGGCAUAUUUGCUUAAAUUUAAUAACACUUUGGCAUCGUUCCAUUCCGUUCAGUUGGUUAAUGCAAGACAAAUAUAAUCAGUCGUAGAGCGAUAUUGUACUCUCGUCUAAUAAAAUGUUCGGCAGUCUAGUUAGAAAUCUCAGACAUCGUUUGCCGCAGACCAGAACAUGCUACGUCUCAAUGAUGGCAAAAAAAAAUGACACUGAAAUUAAAGUAUUGGAUGCUCUGCAGGAGCAAGCUUUAAAGGAACAAUGUAUAUUAGUAAAUGAAAAUGACGAUGCUGUAGGAUUCGCAUCAAAAGCAAGUUGUCAUCGAGUGCGUAAUGACACCAAAGAAGUUAAAUUACAUAGAGCAUUUUCGGUUUUUCUUUUCAAUAGUGCCGGUGAUAUGUUAAUGCAAAGACGAUCUGAACAAAAAAUCACUUUCCCCGAUAUGUACACAAACGCUUGCUGCAGCCAUCCUUUAUAUGAUAUAGAGGCGGAACGUGUGGCGACAAGUGCACUAGGAAUACGUAAAGCGGCCCAAAGGAGAUUAAAUUAUGAACUGGGCAUUCCUAUGGAACAAAUUAGACCAGAAUAUUUUCAUUACUUAACACGAAUCCAUUACAAGCAUACGGGCGAUGGUGUGUGGGGUGAACACGAAAUCGACUAUAUUUUAUUUCUGCAGCAAGAUGUAGAUUUAAAUCCCAAUUUGAAUGAGGUCAGCGAAAUACGUUACAUUAAGCGAAACAACAUCGAUGAGGAAAUUAGAAAGCUACAAGCACCUUUGACACCGUGGUUUGAACUGAUAUUAAAAGAACGCUUAAAGAUCUGGUGGGAUAAUUUAAAAAAUCUAAAUAAAUUCGAAGAGCAUCAUGUUAUUCAACGUUUUUUGUAAAAUGCA